AAACUUAAGCGAAGUCUUUCAACGGUCGUUCGAAAAACCAAAAAAACGGUAAAUUUACACGGAGGAGGGUUUCCUUUUACAGAGACUGACAAAGAAUCAAUAACAGCAACACGUCCUUUGCGUAAAUCUUCAUCCGCUAUAAAUCUACAACAAUCAUAUGAAAAUAAUGGUGUACCACCGAAACUUAACCGAAGACUUUCGGUAAAUUUACACGAAGGGGGUCCUUUUUUAAUAUUGGAUAACACACCACAUCCAUCUUUACGUAAAUGUUCGUCCACUUCAAAUCUACAACAAUCGUAUAAAAGUAAUGACGCGUCACUGGAACUCAAACGAAGUCUUACAACGGUUGUCCGAAACAAGUCAGUAAAUUUACAUGAAGAGAUUCCUUCUUCGACAAACCCUAAAAAGAAAUUUUCAUUGCCAUUUUUACGUAAACAGCAAACAAAUGAAAAUAACAGCGCACAAAAUCUCGAACGAAAUCAUUCCGAAGUUGUUCCAAUAAACGAUUCUUCGACAGAUACCGAUAGCAUAUCAAUUUCAUCAAUUUCAUCGAAUGAGAGUCAAAGUUCAACAAGUACAGCCAAUACGACGGAUAUGACAAAAUCGACCAAUAAAUUACUUUAUCUAUUAAACAAUUUUAAUGGUGCUUUAAAUGGUAGUAGCCUUGGAAGAAAUGUUAAAGAUAAAAAACGAAAAAAAUAUAAUUUGACUGAAAUAAUGGUUAGCAAUGAAAUAAGAAUUACAUCUUCGGAUUCAAAGGAUAUAAUGGACGAUUAUGGUUGCUCCUUCACAAAAAAUUAUGUACAUACUUCGCAUACUAUAAAUACGAGCAUUUAUUACAAUCAAUGUGGGUCAGCCGGUACUGACAAUUUACCUAAUUUGCCUCAAAUAAAAUUAAAUGAAGAAACCUUACCCAUCUCAAACAAAAUCGUUCCACUUCCCGCGUUGAUUAAAGGAGAUUUACUAAAGGAACCAUUGCUUUUACCUCCAUCGAUCAAAAUUUCUCCAAGCUCAGAAUACGACGACAUUACAGGAACGUGGCCAUUCGCACAAUUUCCAAAAAGGUCAUCAUUUAACAAUAGAUCCAAUUUACAUCUUCACGACAGGAAAAAUUCAUCGUCACGUUCACCACCAACAACUGAUCAACGACCUCCCAUACCGAAUUGUUGUAUUUAUGGAGUAUGUAAGAGAUGUAAAAGACAUCAAGGUGGUUAUGGUGAUACGUAUUGGGCAAAAUGGAUCGAUGGGAAAAUAAUUGAUUUGAAUGAAGAUGGCAGUUGGGAUCGAAUGGGAGAGAACGAUGUGGCCUUAAAGAUAUUGCACAACUCUCAAAGUAUUUCUCAAGAAUAUUUGGAUGCGUUCGUCGCGUAUCAAAAACGUACAUCAAAGUUAAACAAUGUAUUGAAAUUUUAUGGAAUAUCAAGGGACCCAUUCACAAAAAAUUUGAUCAUGGUGAUGGAGUACGCAAAAGAUGGAAAUUUAAGAGAUUAUUUAAUUAAUAAUUUCAUGAACGUCACAUGGACCAAACGUAUUUCUAUGCUUUAUGAUAUCGCCCAAUCAUUAAAAUCAAUCCAUGAAGGCAAAUUAAUUCAUAAAGAUUUACAUUCUGGUAAUGUAUUUAUUCACGAUGAUCAAGCUUUUGUCGGGGAUUUGGGUUUUUGUUCAAAAAUUCGAAAGAAAUUUUCAUCAUCGGCAUACGUAGCACCAGAAUUAUCCAAAGGGGAUCAAUUCAUUAUGGCUACCAUGGCCUCGGACAUUUAUAGCUUUGCCAUGAUAAUGUACGAAUUAGCAACUUUUAUACCUCUGUAUCCUAAUUAUUCUGAUGAUGAAUGUGGUAUACAUGAAGGGACCAGUCAAAUCAUUUUGAAAGGAAUCCCGAAUUGUUACGUUGAAUUAAUGACUCAAUGUUGGUCUCAACGUCCUGAAGAAAGGCCUAAUGCUGAUCACAUCGCUCAAACCAUUAAAGGUUGGAAUAUGACCGGGAAUUUAUUCUCGGCAUUAAUCUAA